AUGCUACUCUCCCCCGAUGCACUUCACUGCCUCAAACGCAAGCAGCUCACCAACCUUUGCCGUCGUUUCGGCAUCAAAGCAAUCGGCAAGAACGCAGACCUCAUUCAGCAAAUACAAGAGUAUGCUGCUUCCAACAUCCCUUCCGACAGUCCGACAAAGGGCAACGUUGCAAUCCUUCGCCAUGUCAAGCGUCCCCGGCAGAGCGUUUCUAGUGUUGAGUCUGGUAACGAUGAUCAGCAGCUCGAUCAAGAUCGGACGAAAGCUAUGCCGUUCCCGCCACUGACUCCACGCACGAGGCAGAAGAGGAUGUCUGAUCUGGUCCAGGCUAUUGAAGAGGUCAAAGGGCAAACGGAUGAGAUGGAUACGGAUGAUGAGGACGAGGAGCUGCGAUCGCCGCAGAAGAACACCAUUGCUUUCCCUCUGUUCUCGCCCGCGUCUGCAAGAAAGCUUCCGACACCGCCUCUUUCACCUACGCUCGCCAACGAAAGCGCAGAUACCACACAGCCUUUACGCAUCAUCAAGGCGCUACCUAGCUCGACUCUCACUGCAUCGCCGCUCUCGACAGCGACCAUCCUCGAAAUGAGCCGCCAAUCCACCAUCACAGCGGAGACCAGCUCAAACUUGUACCCUGACAUUACGUCUCUGCCUAUUCCGGAAGGCGUUUCGAGCGAGCAUCUGACCAGCUCGUCUACACUGCCUUCCAUCACUUGCCGCCAAUUCUCAGCGGCUGCUGCUUCCGUCCUGGCAGAGAUGAAUGCAAGGCUCACUGCAGCUGGGCGAUCUUCCACUUCGGGCUCGCUGACGACCAUGUCCAGCAUCAGCAAUGGUACCUGGCACAACCUUGCAGCUUCGGCUUCCACCCAGGGGAUGUCAAAGAGCCGUUCGGGAAGGUACGAGAUACAUCACGAAAAGCAAUUCAAGAAGAUGGACUCUAUCGUGAACCAUUACGCUGCUCGACGUGUUGGUGGCGGACGGGAUGCCAAACCUAAUGGUGCUGCGAUUUCGACAGCUGCACCGAGCAAAGCUGCAACCAUGGCCGCCAGCACAUCCACAACACAGCGUCUGCCAAUGCUCGCAAGCACAUCCACCUUAGCGCGACGCCCCCGAGUAGAUGCCUCAACCUCAACCCGCAGUCUCGCCGCCUUGUCUCGCUCCACCAGCUCCCGCAAACUACCUCCCACUCAAUCGCAACGUCGACCACUGCCCAUCCCACCCAUUUCCAAAGCCAAGCUCCCCUCUUCCCUCACCACCACCACCUCUCGUCAAGCAUCCAACAGCACCGAGCCCCCACGAACAAAGCGUCUCCGACUCGCCGUCACCGAAGACUGCGAUGCUUUGCAGAAUACAGUUCUCGAAAUCCCGCCCGAGAAGAAGACUGUUGUCAUCUGCGUCACUCGCCCGGAUCGUGAAGGGAUGCCGUACAAGUUCAGCGUCUCGGAUAACAAAAAUGGGGAUGCGGAGAACGGAGCGGUGAGAGCUGCUUAUUCGUUGAAGAAGACGGUGAUUAAGGCGACAAAGAGUAGGUUCGCAGGUAGUGGGGCGGCGAAGAAGACGGUGGCUAGUGCGAGAGGGGAGAAGAGAGAAGCGGCUUUUGUGAAGGAGCAACAGCAACAAGCUGCGAUAUCGAGAAGUAUCAGUUCUAGGGCAAAUUUGACGGCUUCUGCUAGCGUGGGGAAUAGGUUUACUGGUGUAAGCACCACAGCCACUCCUGCUGUACCAAGUAUCGGAUCGGAGGAGGAACCAAGCGCGCCUGUGAAAGCUGUGGAGAACGAUGUGAGGAAGCCAUCAGUUGCCACCUCAGUCAGCAGUAGGUUUGGUGGCAGCAUUCGUAGCAGCGUCUCACAGGGUCUAGGUCGAGCGGAAGCAGCGCGUCAGACUCGAUUACAGGAGAUCAAAGCUCGAACCAAGGCUGCUCUGGCUGGAUUUGGGAGUCAGCGCAAUGUUAAUGCUUCCACCACCACUUCCAGCACUACCACGACUCUCACUUCACCAACAAAGAAAACUUUGCUUCCCGCAGGUCAAUCUUUCUCACCCAGCGUGAUGAGACCUACCAUUGCAAGUCUCUCUCGCGCCACAGCCAACGCAGCCAACACCGGUUCUGCUUCCUUACCCAUGCUUUCCGCUAUCACAGCGCAAACCCUUCCGCUCAGCGGGAUCGUCGCAUCCACGCUCCAACGAGCAGCUACAGUCCAUGGCGCACUCACUCCUUGUCUUACUCCUCGCUCUUCUUCCCUGCGCCAUUUGCGCAGAGUUAUGCGCAAACAAGCAAAAGAGGCUGAGGUGGAGCAAAAUCGUGUCGUGGCGGCGGAGAAUAUUGCUCCUGGUGCUGUGGUUCCUUCUGUUAUUCUUGCGAAGAGAGACAUGCAGCAGAAAGAGGUGGGAUUGUCUGCUAAGCCGUCCAUUCGCACGGUUCCUGGCGGAGCGAGUGAGGAUGGAUUCACGACUCUGCCGGCGAAGACGAGGACGAGAACGGUUGGUGGUGCAGCGAAACCGGCGGGUCCGAGGGCUGCGUUGGUGAGUAGUAGAGCUACUACGAUGGCGUUGAACAGAGUGUAG